CUGAAAAGUAAUUUUCCCCACAUUUCAUGUGAAUCUGAACUAUUCAAAGGUUAAUUAGUUCAUAUUUUCCAACGAUACUGAUACUGAUAGAAAAGCGAUGGUUGAAAUAAAUGUUAACGGGAAGGUAGCCCUCAUCACUGGUGGAAGUAGAGGGUUAGGUUAUGCAAUUGCAGAAUCAUUUGUUUUGAAUGGAGCUAGUAAGAUCAUUAUCACAUCAAGAAAGCAAACUGCUUGCGAUCAAGCUAAAGAGACAUUAGAGAAGCUUGGUAAAGAUAAUGGCAAAAAUGUUGAAGUUAUUCCUAUUGCAUGUAAUAUUGCUGAUGAAGCCAAUGUAGAAGCUUUCUUUAAGGAAGUUACAUCAAGAAUAUCUAAGCUUGAUAUUUUGAUUGCUAAUGCUGGUGCAGCAUACGGAGAAACAUUCUUCAAACAUCCCAUUUCAGCGGUGAAGAAAGUAUUAGAUUUAAAUGUGGUUGGAGUUUUCCAUUGCGUAAAGUUAUUUGCUCCUAUAUUGGAACAAUCUGGAAAUAAAGAUGAUCCAUCAAGAAUUAUUAUUGUUUCUUCAGUUGCUGCAUCGGUUGCAACUGAUUUUGGAGGAACUUAUGGAUAUUUGGCUUCUAAAGCUGGUGUUAGUCAUUUAGGUAAGAAUCUUGCUGUUCAAUUGGGUCCAAGAAAUGUUAAUGUAAAUAUUAUUGCUCCAGGUAUAUUUCCUACCAAAAUGUCAAAAUCAUUGGUUACUAAUAAGAAAACAGAAUUAGUUGAUGGUAAUCCAUUAGGACGAUUUGGUCAACUUUCAGAUAUUCAGAAUAGUGUACUUUUCCUCUGUUGUAAACAAUCAAACUACAUAAAUGGUAUUAGUUUACCAAUCGAUGGUGGGUUAUAUUUGGUUGGUACUAAGAACUUAUCAAAAUUUUAGUAUUAACAGUUCUAGAUACAUUGAUUUAUUUAAGCAUGUGAUUAAUUAAGUUAAAUUAAAU